GACCCAGUAAGUGGUCCAGUUAUUUCUGUACAUAUAUUGACAUAAUGAAUAAAAAAUUUUAAAAAUAAAAUAAAAUAAUGGCAGUAAUAGUAAAGCAAUAGAGUUAACAGUGUACAAAGCAUCGCAAAAACUGUCAAAAUGUCGUCGUUAUUGUCCUCUUUAAUAACCGCGAGCCCUAGCUUUUCCCCAGCACGGGCGUUGGGGGUAUGUCUUGGAGUUAUCGGGAUCAUCUGGAUAAUUUCAUAUCGUAAGUUCGUUUCUGCAGUCAUAAGAACCUUUCCGAGAGACGUGACGGCUUUGUUCCGUUUGCUGCAUGUCGUUCGUGAUUUAUGGGUUUUACAAAAUUACAAUUGCACCGUGUCCCAGGCUUUUGACGAUGUUGUAAGGCGAAAUCCAAAGAAAAUCUUGCUUCGCUUCGAGGAACAGAAAUGGACAGCAGAACAGAUUCAAGAACUUGCAAACAAAGUUGCAAAUUAUUUUCAAGCCGAAGGUUACAGAAAAGGGGACACUGUGGCAAUCUUUAUGGAAAAUUGUUCAGAGUAUACAAUCCUUUGGUUAGGAUUGAGCAAGAUUGGAGUUGUCUCAUCCCUUGUAAACUAUAACCUAAGGCUUCAGUCCCUCAAGCAUUGUUUCGAAGCUGUUAGUUGCAAAGCAAUAAUUUAUAGUCCUGGUUUAUCAACUGCUUUGGAAGAACUUGAUCUUGGCACAAAACCUUUGUUCUGCAUCGGAAAAGAAACCUCUGCAAAACUGAGCAAUGUGUCCAAGGAUUUGAUGACACAGUUAAGGGAUGUUAAAGGGACGCAACCUGUGGUGAAGGAGACUAUUGGUUUUCUCGACAAUCUAAUGUAUAUCUAUACAUCAGGAACAACAGGUUUGCCGAAAGCAUCCACAAUCAAGAAUUCCAGAUUUUUAAUGGCGGCUGUUGGAGUGUUUUAUAUGCACGGUCUCAAAAAGACGGACACGUUAUACACCUCGUUGCCUCUGUACCAUGGAGCGGGGACGUUUUUGGGAGCUGGGACGAUGCUAACGUAUGGUGUCACCCAGGUCGUCCGAAAGAAAUUUUCGGCUUCAAAUUUUUGGAAAGACUGUAUCGCCUACGACGUUACUGUAGCGCAAUAUAUUGGUGAAAUCUGUAGAUACCUUGUCACUCAGCCACCAUCUUCUUUGGACAAAGGUCACAAAGUACGUGUAAUGUUCGGGAACGGGCUAAAAUUGGAAAUAUGGAAAGAAUUUGUGGAAAGAUUUGGCAUUAAGCACAUUGGAGAAAUAUACGGUGCAACAGAAGGAAAUUGCAAUAUAGUCAACAUUGAUAGCAGAAUUGGAGCUGUUGGAUUUCUUCCUGUCUUGUUUUCAUAUGUACAUCCCUUGAAGAUCAUAAAGGUGGAUGAAGUCACUGGAGAACCACUUCGAGAUAAGGACACUGGUUUUGCAAUAGAAUGCAAACCCAAUGAGCCUGGAGAGCUGAUUGGAAAAAUUCGAAGAAGUCACCCACUUUUGGAUUUUGAAGGGUAUGCCGACAAAAGCUCAUCGAAAGAUAAGGUAUUGUCAAACGUGUGGCGCAAAGGAGAUGCCUGGUUUAGAAGUGGAGAUAUUUUACUGAAAGAUGAACUCGGUUACAUAUUUUUUAAAGAUAGGAAAGGCGACACAUUUCGAUGGAAAGGCGAAAAUUGUUCAACCUUGGAGAUUGAGGCUGUCAUAAGUACCAUCACGAAGGAAGAUGCUGUCGUGUUUGGCGUGGAAGUUCCUGGGGCGGAAGGACGAGCAGGAAUGGUUGUGAUAGGAAAUCCGGACAAUAAUUUAGAUUUGAACAACUUGGCCCUUUGUGUAAAUAAGGCCUUGCCAAGUUAUGCUCGCCCCGUAUUUGUUAGAAUCUCACCAAAACUUGAAAUGACUGGUACAUACAAGUUAAAGAAAGUAGAUUACCAAAAGGUUGGAUUUGACAUUCACAAAACAAGUGAUAAAAUAUAUUUUUACAAUGGAAAUAAAUACGUAGAAUUAAGUGCAGAGCUGUAUGAUGACAUUGUGGCCAGCAAAUUGCGUUUUUAAUAUAUACAAAAAUACAUAUUAUUACUACAUACAUAUUGCAUGCAGUAAUAGAAAAUUUAAAAUGUAGCAAUAUAUUUGGUUCGUUCGCUAAUAGUUCGUUGACAUUUUUGUACGAAUUAAGUAAAUUAAUUAUCAUUAGUUCAUUUGUUUAUUUUAUUUUUAUAUGGACAAAUAAAUGACAAAUAGUUACUGGUCUA